GGCUCUGGGAAAGGGUCGGUGGGGAUGGGCCAGUGCCCGAGACCCUCCGCAUCGCCAGCGCCGGGGGUCCCAGGUUUGCACAGCCCCCGGUAUCUGGGCUGGCCGUGCCCCGGCUCCGAGCGCACAGAGACGGAAAUCCCCGGCGGGAGGAGGCGUGGAGAGAGAAAGGAGAACGGCCCCCGGCGGGCAGCUGCCGGCUUGGCUUAGCUCAGCUCAGCUCAGCUCGGCUCAGCUCCGCACGAUGAAGCCGCCAGGUUAUGGAUUUCUGUUACUGCUCCUUCAUCUCCUGAGAGCUGUUAUUGCACUAGAGAAGAAGGACGUCAUCAGUAAACUCGGAGACAACGCUACACUGAGUUGCAUUUAUAACAAAAGAGACUUGCAAUUAAAAAAUCUACGGGUAUAUUGGCAAAUCGCCGAUCAAGUGAAGUGUUCAGUUGUGCAUGCACUGGUCUCUGGUCGAGAUAACUACAGCAAUCAGUGUAUUCACUUUAAAAACAGGACUCAAUUAUUCUGGGACAGAUUGGAAAACGGUGAUUUUUCUCUACUACUACUCAAUGUCAGCCAGAGUGAUAAACAUACAUACAAAUGUAUAGUCCAGGAGAAAAAAGAAUUUCCCAAAGUGGUUCACCAGACAGAAGUGGUUCUCAGUUUAGCAGCUAGUUACAGCCAACCAGUACUCAGUGGACCAAUAAGAAACAGUACUGGAGAGGAGGUGACUUUCAGCUGCAGGUCUGGCAAUGGAUACCCAAAGCCCAAUGUUUACUGGAUAAAUAAAAUGAACAACAGUCUCCUGAACGCAUCAACGCUGGAGAUCAUCUCCCACACUGACGGCACCUACAGCGUUUUCAGCACACUGACGGUGAAAGCCACUUCCAACAUGCAAAUAGAGUGCUCCAUAGAAAAUGAAAUGCUGCAGGAAAAUCUAUCAGCCAACUACACCCAGCAGAAGCAAAGCAAUGGUUCUAGCACAGAAAACCUGGGAAAAAAAGGAAGACUUGCUCAAGCAGCUGGCAUCAUUUGCAUUGUCAUUCUGAUAGGCCUUCUAGUUGUUUUAAUCUGCUGGCUGUGGAGACGGAGGUCCUCCCAUCUGGUGUCCUAUACAGAUGUCCCACCAAAUGAAUACAAAGAAGGACCCAACCCGCCUGCCUAAAUGGGAAGUCUGCCAACAAUUUGGGCAGCUGGAGAUGUGUCAAGAGAAGCAUCACUCCCUGUCUCAAUGGCAGCACUGUUUGUAAUACAAGUGACAGAUUUCUGCCAAGAGAGAUGGCAAAAAAACCCCAAAACAACCGAACCACAAAACCAAAAACAAAACAAAACAAGCUUCUCCAACACAAGAGACAGGAAAUCUGCUGGAUUUUCAUUUCAGCCACUGACUGUGUCCACACAGCAAUUGUGUGACCACUCCAGUUAACCACUUUGGACAGUCCUCUGUGAUUGUCAGUGAUUUGAGUACCUGCACUGAGGAAUGCAGUGAGCCUGGGACUAAACUGCUCUGUGCCAGAGCACUGGAAGUUGGUGACUGUCCAGUCUCUCAUCAUCAUCUUUGAGGAUUUUGCUGGGAGCAGAAACAGCUGCAUUUCAGGAGCAUGGGAAGUUCUUGCUGUGUCACCUCACCCUGAUGACGACUACUGGAUGUGAAGAAAGGCAGCUAAAAUAAAGAAAUAAAACUGAAGGAUUCUGCAAAGUGAGAAUUUUAACUAACCCUUUCCAUGUUUCUCUGUCUACAGUACAUCCUUUUCAUUGUCUGGUUUCACCAGCUGCAUGAUAUUGUGUACAGAACUAGACAGAAUGCUUUGACCCAGGCCUCCAAAACUGAUGGGAUUAAGCACUGAAUGUUUUAACAUAAGAGUGCCUUCUUUAAAUGCACUUGAUAGCAACAUUUUGGUUUUUACCAAAUAUUCCACCGAAAAGGGGAUUUUCACUUUUUACAGGAGUCAGAGCAUACUGUGCAAAAGAACAGGCUGUGGAAUUCUGACCAAUUAAAAAUAGUGCUUUCUGUUAUGUUAAUGUUGGGUUACCUGGACUUACCCUUUUCGGGAUGAAACAAAAACCACGGUCAAGUUCUGCUUGAUUCAACCGAAUCUUUAUUUAAGCACACUCCUGUGGCUUCAGAUCCUCCUUUCAGGGAGGAUUUUAAACUGAAGUUUUUAAACUGUACCUCUGCUUGUAUCUCAUCCCUCCACCUACACAACAACAAAAAAAAAAAAAAGCACCAGAACAAAACAAAACAAAAAAAAGUGCUGUCAGGCUGUUGUCCAUGAAUGUCCAGAAAGCCAAGAACUGCAGUUUCCUUGUGCCAGUGCAUGUGCCUUGCUGUUUCAGCCCCCAAGAGAAACUGGCUGCAGCAAACUUUGCUGAUGGUAUGAGAUUUUGAAAGAGGAGGAAUCUAUAUUAGCUCACUUGCUCAGGUGAGACAGUUUCCCCAUCUUGUCACAGGGGGAUGGAGAUUACAAUUUUAGACUGAGUUCUGGAAGUACUCGGCUUCCCCUGCACUGGUUGCUAGACAAAAAUUGUACCAUUUUUGUGAAUAAGUCACAGCCUUGUUUGCCCUUGUUCUGUGUGUGGGAGGCACUCUGGGGUCAACCGUGAGUUGGGACAUUGAUUUUUCAUAUCAAGAUCAGCUGUCAAGUCCCAGCCAAGUGAAAAUUUUGUUGUCCUGUUCUCCCACCACGUGGAACCAGAAUCAUUUGGCAAUAGUGCAGCAGUUAGCUUUUGUUGAAGCAAUACCCCCAAGGAGGCUCCAAGCUGGAUAGCUGUGCUUCUCUCGCGUCCAGGAGAAGUGUUAGAUAUUUUCUGAGUCCAGAUCUAGUCUUCAGUAAACCAUAAGGGGAACUUGCUUGAAGAAAGCUUGCAGGCACCUUAAAAAUGUGAAUAACACCCGUGCAGAUGUGCAGGAUAACCAUUUCCUAGUGGUUCAGUAAGAAGUCCUGUGGACCUUUCCCUGCUAUCUAUCACAUGAAGUUGUUUUGUGCAGUCUCUUUGGUGCUGCUGUAACUGACAGAAGCCUUUUUCCUAAACAGUUUUACAACUUUUAUAACUUUCAUAUGCUACAACUGCAAGAAGCUGUAAGGGUUCAGAGAUGUAAGAAAUGACCAAGCAGUCACUCCACAAUAUGUUGUUAAACUAAUCUACACUGCUUGGAUUUUCUUACCUCUGUGCUGCUUCAUGGAUACAUCUAAAUGCAAAAGCCUGUUCUUGCAAAAUCUGUGCUUUCAAUUGGUUUGGAGUUCCAGCUAUUUUUAGAGGGUCCCAGUUGUUUGUUACCAUUCAAAGGACGUAGAAGUUUUGUAAUAACAGAGUUUUUGUCUUCAUGUGCCAUGUUUAUAUUUUAAAUAAAAUCCAUUCAUUCUU